UAGAAGGAAUAAUCAAGUCAGCGACAUGAAAAUUCUUUUCGUGGGACUAAGUCUUUUUUGCCUCUUCGUAGCGAGAGUGCAAUCGAAGCCACAGAUAACGAAGCUGUUUCCAGUUCAGGAGGCGAUAGAGUACCACCAGCGAGCAAACAAUGAGAUGAAACCAUUGGAUAGGCUCCUGGGCAAAUUACGGGCCACGUACGACUUCGUGUUUCGUAAGCCGGAGAACACGAGCAACGUGGAAAAAAUUUUAGCCAAAGAUGCCGGUUCUGACAAGUAUCGACAAACCGAGAAAACGUUAGUGCUGACGGACGACGACUGGGUGAACGACAUUCAACCCCUAGACCGUUUGGAACCCCUCGAAUUGGAAGACGAGACGGAAGAUAAGAAUCUGGAAGUGGAAUUCGUCACCCCGAGAUCGAGUUUUCAGCUUCCCGCUACGCUAAGCAAACACCUGGUCGACUGGCUUGGAUCGCUCUUAGGCAUCACUUAUGGUGUUUAUUCUAAACUAGCAAGGGCUAUUUACAGUAAUAAUACAGUGACGAAUAAUUAGCGAGCAAUGG